AUGUCAAGAUGUCCCAACGGCACCAAGUGUUUCCACAACAAGACGGGGGUCAGAAGUGAAGAACAAGCUUAUUUCCGCCUUUCCCCACCAGCUCCGGAGCCGACGCUAUUUUUCCACCCGAGGGGACACACGAGACUUCAGCAGGACACCGGGGCCGGGAAGGAGGCGAGGGCCUCACCGGGGCCGGCCCCUGACCUCGGGGGGAAAAGGGACCGGGGAAGAACCGGCCCUAAGCGGAGGGAAGGGACCGGUCCUGAGGUGGGGGGGGACGACGACGCCGGCUCUGAGGGGAAGGGGGGACCCGACCCUGAGGGGGAAAAUGUCACCACCCAGCCCGACAUCUCUGCAGAAAGCACCAGUGACCUCUUGGUCACCUCCUUCCUCGGCUGCACCCUGGCCACCAUGUGCGUGGUUGGGCUGGUGGGAAACAUCUACACACUGGUGGUCGUCACCGUCUCCACAAGGUGCCCCAUCUCCAUGUACAUCGUCACCUUGGCCCCAGCCAAUCUUCUGUACUUACCCGCCAUCCCCUUUGUGGUCUGCACAUACUUCGUGCAGGACUGGUACUUGGGAGACCGGGGCUGCAGGUUCCUCUUCAGCCUCAACCUCCUCACCAUGCAUACCAGCAUCUUCAUCCUCACCAUCACGAGCACCACUGUGGCCGUCAUCAGGCCUCUGGACACCCUGUGCAGGUCAAGGGACCACCAGUGGGUGGUCACCUGCCUGGUGUGGCUGGUGGCCUUCCUCCUCGCCAUGAUCCUCGUCGACCUGCACACCAGCCACCGCAAUGGGGUGACCAAGUGUGUUGUGGCAGGGUCUCCCUCGCUCUCCAGGAAUAUUCCUCUCCCCGCUCCCUGCAUGGCGACCGCUGUGGCUCAGCCCAUAUGGUUUCCAGCCGCAGCCUGA